UAAAAAAAAUCUGACAAAAGAGAGAUAGGCCAAAUUGCCAAAAUUAUCAACACAAAAUAAACAUUUGAUUUGAUUUUCUUUAGAAUAUAAUCUCUAAGUUUAUUCAUCUCUUAUUCUAUAUCUUCUUUCUAUAUCUAUUUUGGCUGUAAAAUUUUCUGGGUACCAUUUCUUUCAUUCCCAUUCAUCGGACGAUAACUCACGGAAUAUGGUGGAAGCAGACAGAGUGGUCAGCUAUGACGACAUGUUGAAGGUCAUAAAUCACCCGCAGAAGGUGAUCAUUGACGUCCGCAACCCUGACGAGGUGAAAUCCACUGGGAAGAUACCUUCAAGUAUUAACAUUCCAUUGAGCACUGUGGACAACGUACUACAAUCAAUGUCAGAAGUCGAGUUCCAAAACAAAUAUUCGCGCACUAAGCCGCGUGCUGAUGACGAGCUUAUUUUCUACUGCCAGUCCGGGAGGCGCUCUUCUGAAGCCUUAGACAAAGCCCUUAAACUUGGAUAUCGCAAAUCAAAAACCUAUCUUGGUAGCUGGAAUGAGUGGUCCAGCAAAAAUAAGUAGUAUUGUGGUCACCAUAAUAUUUUUUUUAAAUUACUGCUUUUUUAUUAUUGGUGUUUUGGUUGGGUAAUUUUUUUUCUUAUUAAAAUAUUAAGGAGUCUCAAGAGGGGCCAUUAUUUGUCUUGUUAUAAAUGUACAAUUAUUUAUUGUUAUUAAAUGCUGUUUGAUAUACAAUAA